CCUCCAACCAACACAGAUACGGAAGCGGAAUGUGCGGGUUUAUGGAGCGUGUUGGUUGAUGUUUAGGGUCUAUUUAGACGUGCAAUUGAUAACUCAUAGGUGUACCUAAUUUUUAUUUAAUGUUGGUGAAAUACGUUCACCUAGCUAGUAUGCAAAACCCCGACAAUGUAUUAUACCAGGUCUACUCAUGUGGUCCUGACAGCCACGGUCCAGCCCAGGGCGUACUGACGAAAGAAUCUUUGACACUAGUGGACUGUUGCAAAAUCCAAAGGGGGUGCAUUGAGGCUCUGCAUGCCCUUAACAUGGGGACUGUGAGGUCGGAAGACUGCCCCCAAACAGAAUCAACAAACAUGACUGUCAAACAAGUGGAGACUAUUGAACCAGUGCAUGAUGGGGUUAUCGUCAUAUUUCCACCUGUUGAUGUGGAGGUUGGAGACACGGCCACUUUUGGAGAACACCUAUCCAAUAUUUACAUGGGGGAUUAUGCCUCAGCGUCAAUUGACUACAUACAAGAUAUUUCUGAAGAAGUUUCUGAAGCAACAAAGUUAAUAUCUGAUUGUGGAAAGUAUUCUGUUCAGUCAAAUGACUUGGAACCACAACAGGAAGAACAGACUGGAGAGGGCCCUUACUCAGACGGAAAGACUUCUUCUCAGUCUGUGGCACGGGGAAAUUGUGGACGAGGAAGAUGUUGUCCAAAUGAGCCUCCUGGCACUGGACGAGGAAGAGGUCGUCCAAAUGGGCCUCCCGGCCCUCAUCCGUGCAUAAACUGUCCAAUGACUUUCACUCAGUUGGCACACUUGAGGGCCCACGAGAGAACACACACUGGGGAGAGGCCUUAUGACUGCUCUGAGUGUGGGAAGCGGUUCACUCAGAUAGCUCACCUAAAAGUACACCAGAGAAUCCAUACCGGUGAGAAGCCAUACAGCUGCUCCACAUGUGGUAAAAGGUUUGCUCAAUUGGCAUCCUUGCAAGUUCACCAAAGACGGCACACCGGAGAGAAACCUUUCCAGUGCAAUCAAUGUGACUCCAGUUUCUCUCAGUUAGCAAACUUACUAGCUCAUAAUGCAAAACAUAUUGGCGGAGUGCCUUACCCGUGCUCUGACUGUGGAAAGGUUUUCUCUACUGCAGGGAGUCUGAAGGUGCACCAGAGAGUACACACUGGUGACAAACCUUUCCAGUGCGGUGUCUGUUGUAAAUGUUUUACUCAAUUAGGAAACUUGAAAGCUCACAUAAAAAGACAUGAAAGAAAGGGUGAGACUUUGGCUCAGUCUGACUGAGAAAGGAGGAGUAGAAAUCCUGAAAAUACACCAGUAGAAAAUACUAGACAUAUACUUAAAAGCUUGUGUGGACAGAGGUCUGAAUUAGGAUACCUAAAUUAUGUCAAUACAAAAACAUAAGGGGUCCCUUUAAAUACUUGUGCGUCGUUUCUACAUUUAUUUGUAGAUCAUUAUGGAUUGCAACAGUAACACAACUGAUUAAGUCAUCUUGUAUCAGCAAUUUGCUGCAUUAUCAAGUCUGCAUUCUCUAAAUGUAAUACAAAUAGUAAUACAAAUUCCACUUCGAAUACCAGUAUUGAAAUAUCUAUCGGAGGCAAGAUUGGACAGAUCUUGGGAGAAUCAUAACACGUCAUAGUCCGUUAUUGGAAAGAUUAGAAAAGACAUUAAGAAAAAGGUUUGCAGUUUAUUUUAGCAGCAGUGGAGCUCACGGUGAUGUUGUUGGAGUGAUGUUGGAUGGCCACCAGGCGGCUCUUGUCGCUCAGGUCAAAGGGAAUCCCAAGGCCCCAGAGCAGUGACAGGGACACUGCAUUGUCUUAAGUUAGAUAUGGCUCCUGGAGACACUUGUCACAUUAGAAUAACACCAUCUGACGGAAGACGAUGUGUUAAAGGGUUCUAAUUAAUUUUCUGCACUUCAAUAUUCAUACCUCAAUUGUGUGUCACUGGUUAGUAAGGAACUCCCCUCAGUUGGUUGUCUAUCUUUUAAUUCCAAGGAAAAAACAAAAACUAGCAGAUACCAUGCCCUCCAUGGAAUGCGUUUGACACCCCUAUUUUAGGUCAAGGAGAGAGCAGGUGUUCCUAAUGUUUUGUACACUCUGUAGAUUAGAUGUUUCGCAUUUUAGUUUUAACUCUAAACUGGCACACCUGAUUUAAUUAGUCAACUAAUCAUCAAGACUUUGCAUAAUUGCAUCAGGUGUGCCUGUUUAGGGUUAAAACCAAAAUGUUAAACGUCUCUGGGGGGGCCCAAAGACAGUAUUGGGAAACCCUGGAUUAGACCAGGGAUGGGCAACUUCAGUCCUCGGGGGGCCUGAUUGUUGUCACACUUUUGCCCCAGCUAACACACCUGACUCCAAUAAUCAACUAAUCAUGCUCUUUAGUUUAGAAUGCAAUUAGUUUAAUCAAAUGUGUUUGCUUGGCAUUUGGAAAAAGUGACACCAUUCCGGUCCACGAGGACUGGAAUCGCCCAUCCCUGGAUUAGACAAUAUAUUCAAUGAUAUAGAGCAGUGGUUCCCAAACUUUUUAUAGUCCCGUACCCCUUCAAACAUUCAACCUCCUGCUGCGUACCCUCUCGAGCACCAUGGGCAGCGCACUCUCAAACAUAUUUUUUUGCCAUCAUUGUAAGCCUGCCACACACACAUUAUACAAUAUAUUUAUUAAACAUAAGAGUGAGUGAGAGUUUGUCACAACCCGGCUCGUGGGAAGUGACAGAGCUCUUAUAGGACCAGGGCACAAAUAAUAUAAUAAACAAUAAUUCUGCUCUUUUAAUUAUCCAUCUUACAUAUGAAACUUUAUUUGUUCAUUGAAACAACUGCUGUUUGAUUUGUCUUUUGUGUGUUGUGGACUGCCGGUGACUAAUUCAUAGUGGUUAUGUGUCACAGGUAACCCAUGGGUCAUAGGGGUUGGGGAUGGCUUGGCAAUUUACUUUACAACGUGGUCAUCACAGGAAUGCAUAAAGGAAUGAGGUUGCAUGAGGGUUUUUAUUUUUUUCUUCAUUUAUUUUGGUUCACCAGCUAGUAAUCUGUUAUUUGUCAUUGUUAUUUUGUUGUCCUCGUGGGUACCAUAAAUCCCCAAAAGUCCCUGAAAGGAUAGUAAAAACAAGGGACAUUUUCCCUCUUGGGGACAUUUCCCACAUCCCCACAAGAACAAAGGCUAUUUUAAACUUAGGUUUACAGUUAGUGUUAUGGGGUUAGGGAAAAAUAUGAUUUUUGAAUGGAAAUCAAUUUUAGGACCCCACUAGGACAGUAAAACAUAUGCUGUUUUUGUGUCUUUCUUUUGAAGUUACCAUUCUGCUGCAUCCUGUGUAAACCGUUUUUGUUUACAGUUACUCUACAGAAUCCAGCUUAGGCUAUCAUUAACAGAACAAUAAAACUAUCAUUGGAAAGAGGAAGCACACACAGCCAAUAUGAAUUUGUUCGGGUUUCUAAACCGUUUUUUGUUCCUUUUUACCAAAUUAUGAAACUUUUUGAAAUCACAAACCUUGCUGAUGUUCAGCAUUGUAAAAGUCCCGGUGAAACCCAACAUUUGUGGCAGCAAGGUUGCUGUGAACAACACUGAGGAAAAUAGAAGUAAAGUAUGUGCUACUAUGACCCUCUGAUUCAUUCAUCCUUGUUAUAUCUUCCUCUGCAUUUGGUUCAAUGAUCUGAAUUGUAUUCCCCCCUAGCCUCUCUAUGGCGUAAUCAGCUAUGAUCUAUGGAUGCUGUAUUAACUGUUAUUUUUAGAUUGAAUGUUAUUUUAACAUUGAUCAGAAGCACAUAUAUUUGUUUAGCUCCAAGAGUCAGUCACCCCUCUGUAUACACUUGCCAUGUUUCUUUAUCAUGAAAAUCCUUGUUAGUGUUAAAUGUAUGUACAUUACCCCGAUAAGUGAUGCAUAUAACUUAAUUUCUACUGAGUAGAUCUAUAACAACAACAAUAUCUUCAGAGAUCUGAUCUGUUAAUUUCUUUGAAUCAACAUUUUAUCUCUGAGAUAAAUCAAUAAAAAGCUGUUGUGAAAUGCACUGUA